ACACAUUAUUGAAGAUCUGUUCAUUACAUUCAAAAUUCAAAUAUAUGGUCUUUCGGUAACACGCAACCACUCUGUUCGGAUCCCAGAAGAGCUCGCAUAUUUCCACCACAAAAUGAAUAGUUUAUAUUCUCUGAUUUUGUUAUUAAUCAAUUUAGUGGCUAUUCGAUGUGAUCAACAAAGCCCUUACGCCUCCAUCCGUUUGGCACGGGAGCUAAGAAAACACCGCAGGAGAAUUGAUCUGGAGAGUCAUAUGCACGAUCGUGUGAAACCUAAGCACUAUCGAACCAUAAUACGCGAGUAUUCAUUGGAAAAUUCAUAUCAGAGCAGUGACGAAUCCGAUAAAACUGGCGAAAACUUAAACCUUCGUAGUGUGGCAAAAAAUUCAACCAAUUCCUCGGGCGAUGGCUCCUUGGCGAUAGAACCAGCUGCCAGAACGCGUUCAUACAAAGGCAAUAGACCAAGAUAUCAAAAGCGAGAAUCAAACUCAGGCAAUGUGGCAGCAAUUCAGCAAUUGGCAAGGUCCUUAAAUAUCUUAAAUACCGACUUUUAUUCCUUUAGAAAAGAACAAAAUGAAAGAAUGCAUAAUUUAACCAAACUCUUGGAUAGAAUCACUAUGAAAUCCAGAAAGGCGGAAAAAGAAAGAAAAAGAGAUUCGAGAUGGAACAGCAGCAAAAAUAAAAAAUAUAAAAGCCGGACUGAGGACGUAACGGACACCAAGGACCAAAAUAAUAUAACCAAUAAGAAUAGCAAUAAUACCGACCAGAUUCUUAACAAUACCCACAACGAGACCUUCAACAAUACCCAAAAUAAGGAGGAGUUGGAUCAGGAGCCCAUCAAGAGCAAAACCCACACAGAAACCGAUACAAACCCCAGCCACACUAUUCAGAAUAAUACCGACAAUAAAGUCCUUAAUAAUACCGACAAAGGGGAAUUGGAGCAGAAACCCAACAAAGGCAGAACACUCACAGAAAUCGACACAAAUACGAAACCCAUCCAUAAAAAUAUAACACAGAGCAAGGACACCAGCAACGAUCUUGGUAACGCGUUGAAGAUUCAUCAAACAGUCCCCAAACAAGCGCCAAAAGCAUCUGGAAAAAACGAUCUUCACGACGUUCCGCCGAGACUACGACAUCUACCUUAUCAUAAAGUUACCAUCUACCGAGCACAAAGAAAGAAAAACAAGGAAUAUCCAUUGUGA